UCUAAGGCCAUGUUCAAGUUACCCCUGUUUCUGCCCAGAAAAAAAGGCUCAUCUCUCUCUCUCUCUGUCUCUCUCUCUCCUUUCUGUGUGCAUGGAAAUGCGUGUCUAAUACAACUGCAAAAACGUUCUCUUCCUAACUCCUCCAAUAAAUACUUCCGUUUCGCAUCCUUCACUUCAGUGCCGGUGCUUUUGAGAUCCGGCGAAGUCUAACACUAAAUAUAUAUACAGUGCAUCCAUCGGAUCUCUGCCGGCGAUAUGCUCAGAUCAUUAGCCAGAGAGUUCAAGUUUGUAGCUGAUCAUCAUGGUUUGCUUUGUAAACGUCCGAGAUUUUAUUCUACCGGAGGCAGAGGAAGCAGGCUAGAAGGAAAAGUAGCUCUAAUAACAGGGGCCGCAAGCGGGCUUGGAAAGGCCACGGCCCACGAAUUCAUCCAACAUGGGGCCCAAGUAGUCAUUGCUGAUAUUGAUACUCAACUUGGCCCAAAAGUCGCCAAUGACCUGGGCUCUGCAGCCCACUUUGUCGAAUGUGAUGUGGCCGUCGAGUCCCAAGUAGCGGAAGCUGUAAAUGUUGCCGUGUCCCGCCAUGGAAGACUUGACAUAAUGUACAAUAAUGCCGGAAUAGUGGGGCCAACGAUGCCACCGAGCAUUGCGGACCUUGACCUAAACGAGUUUGACCGGGUCAUGCAAGUCAACGUCCGAGGUGCAAUGGCCGGGAUAAAGCAUGCAGCCCGAGUGAUGGUACCAGUGGGCUCAGGCUCCAUUCUAUGUACGUCUAGCAUAAGUGGGCUAAUGGGUGGGCUUGGGUCGCAUCCAUACACAAUAUCCAAACAUACAAUAGUUGGGAUUGUGAAGUCCGUGGCAAGCGAGCUAUGCCGAAGUGGGGUCAGGAUCAACUGCAUUUCACCAGCGCCAAUUCCUACGCCAAUGGCUGUGGACCAAAUAGGCAAAUUCUACCCAGGUGCAGCAGAGGAGCAAGUGAUUGGAAUUGUGAAUGGGCUUGGGGAGCUCAUGGGGGCAAAGUGUGAAGAUAUCGAUGUGGCCAGGGCUGCAUUGUAUUUGGCAUCAGACGAGGCCAAGUAUGUAACAGGACAUAACCUGGUAGUGGAUGGAGGGUUCACCUGCUUUAAAACUCUUGGCUUCCCCUCUCCCGAUCAGAUUGUCUAACAUUGCAAAAUCUUGUAAUAUUGUUGUCAUUCUGGCGGUAUGGCAUGUCUUUGCUCUUUGUUUUUUUUCCUUCUUUGGAGCAUAUAUUUGUAUCGGCUUAAUUUUGCUUCUUUGUGACUUUGGAGGACUUGAUGUCUAUUGCUCCAUGAUUGAUUACAUGAACUUUGUGAAAUUUGGCGAGGUUUUAACUUUUAACAAGGGAGAGAAAAGAGAGAGAGGGGAAGAAAAGCAAAUAUUGUGAGUAGAUGAAGCUUUAUAGAUUAAGAAUGGGGUACAAAACUUAAUAAACUAUGUAAGCAAUUUGUGUUU